AUGGCUUCGAUAAUACAAGUACUUGUUAGAAUAGUCAACUUACUAUUUCUGGGUAGAAGAAAAAACCUACAGUUGUUUAUUUUGUCUACUAUGAUUUUCUUGACUACUUUAACAGUAUUAUCAACCACUUCUAAAAAGUAUAAUUAUUUUGAUGAAUUAAUAUUGAAAGUUUAUGGUAACAAUUACUUAAAUGAUCAUAAAUUAAAAUAUCUAGAGAAGAAUGAUCCUGAAAAGUAUCUUAAUUUAAAAGUCGACUCCCUUAUACAAGAUAAAAAAUCUCAUGAUCUUGAAAAUAAAUUUUGGAUGUUGGAUACAAGUAUAAAAUCAGAAGAUACUACAAUUGCCCUUCCUGAAUAUUUCGCAGCUUCUUCAAAUUAUGAUAAAGAUGACGAUAGAUCAGUAUUGUCCAAUUACAACGAAAAACCAAUUGUCAAUUCAUUUGACCCAAGAUUCACUUUAGGUAUUUAUUAUGCUUAUAUUAGAGAACAAAUGAUCCAAAAUGAAGGCGAAACCAUUGAAAUCCCUUUUAAUUGGUAUGAUUGGGUUGAUAUGUCAGUUUUAGAAAAAUAUUUAAUUGCUUCCAAUAAUGAAAAACCAGAUUGUGAAUUAUUAGAUGCUAGAGAUGACACAAAAAGGAUUUUAACUAAAAAGAAAAAGGUUGAAAAACUUGCUCAUCAAUGGGAUGACGAUAAGAAAAAGGCCGAAGAAGAUAGAAAGAAAGCCGUAGAAGAUGCUAAAAAGGCCGAAGAGGAAAAGAAGAAGCAAGAAGAAGAAGCCAGAAAAUCAGAAGAAGAAAAGAAGAAGCAGGAAGAAGAUGCUAAGAAACAAGAAGAAGAAAAGAAGAAACAAGAAGAAGAAGCUAAGAAGCAAGAAGAAGAGGCAAAGAAGCAAGAAGAUCUUAAACAAGCAGAAGAGGAAAAGAAAAAGCAAGAAGAGUCUGCAAAUCAACAACAAAAUCGUGCAAAGAGAGAUGAAGUCAAAGAUUCUGAAUCUGAUGUGAAGGAUUCCAAAUCUGAUGAAAAACAAAUCAAGAAAAUCGAUAUGGCUAAAGUUUUUGAAGAUGCUUAUAAGAAAAUCUCUGAUGAAGAUCAAAAGAAAAUUCAAGACGAUGUUGAAAGUGAUGUCAGAAGAAUUCCUGAACCAAAAAAUUGGUGUAUUCCAGAUUCAAAAUUAUCAAUUAAUCAUGAUGAUAAACAUAGUGUUCAUCCAGGUUUUAAUGUUUUUCAAAAUCCUGGUAAAACAACUGAAAAGAAAGCCAUUAUUGCUGGUAAAUCUUUUCUUUAUUCCUUUGGUGUUCCACCUGCUCUGAUUUUGUUCUUAACUUCUGAAGGUUCUUAUCAAGUCAAUGUUAAACAUGGUGCCCCACUUUUAACCAAUGGAAUUCCUGAAAAAUACAUUGCUAAAAAACAAGAUCUUUCCUUGAAUGUUCUUGAAGAAUUUAAUGAAUUGAGAAAAGUUCGUCAACCAGAUACUGCUAGUGUUAUUGAUGAUUAUUUGGUUAAUAUUCCUAAAGAAAGUUUCAGAUUCAAUGGUACUGAAAUGAUCAUGAAAUAUGAAGCAAAAUCGAAAACUAAAGAAGGUUUGAAUUCUAAAGAAGCCAAAUAUUUACAAAGUUUGAAAUAUUCUGCCCAUUCAGUUGCUAAUAGAGGUCCACCAAAAUAUUUUUCUGAAUCAAGAUUAAUUGGUACUACCGUUGGGGAUCAUUAUGAUUGGAGAUUUUUCAAUGGUAUCAUGGCUGGAACUAUUGAACAAUCAUUAACUUUACAUCGUUUAAUUCGUACUUGGUUAUCCUUCACUAGAAAAACAGGUAUUACUACUUGGAUUGCUCAUGGUUCGUUGUUAUCUUGGUAUUGGAAUGGUAUUGCCUUCCCUUGGGAUAAUGAUAUUGAUGUUCAAGUUCCAAUUAUGGAUUUACAUAAAUUGUCAUUGGAAUAUAAUCAAACUUUAGUCGUUGAAGAUCCAGAAGAUGGAUUUGGAAGAUAUUUCUUGGAUUGUGGUACCUUUAUUACCUUGAGAGAAAAAGGAAAUGGUAAUAAUAACAUUGAUGCCAGAUUUAUUGAUGUUGAUACUGGAUUAUAUAUUGAUAUUACUGGAUUAGCUGUAUCAAAUAGUAAAACUCCAGAUAAGUAUCAAAAAGAAUUACCAAAAUCUUUCAAGAAGGAAACUGAAAAGGAUGAUAAAGAAAAAGAUUAUCGAAAAUUCAAUGAAUAUUUACAAAUUUACAAUUGUCGUAAUAACCACUUUAGUGCAUACGAAGAUUUAUCACCAUUAGUUAAAUCAACAGUUGAAGGAGAAAUUGGUUAUAUUCCAUCAAGAUUUAGUGCCCUUUUAAAUAAAGAAUACCGUGAUGGUUUAACUGCUACAGCAUUUGAUGGUCAUAUUUUCAUUCCAAAACUUCGAUUAUGGAUUAAAGAAAAAGACUUGUAUUAUUUCUUGCAUAAUAAAGACAAAUGGAAGCAAUAUCAUUCAUUUAAUACCAGAUUAGGGGAAGAUCCAGAAUCAACUGAAUUUAAUGAUUAUUCUUAUGAAUUAACUGAUGACGAAUUUACUAGUUUACAAUACACUCAUGAUAAUCCAUUCAAAAAGAUUGAAAGACCAAUCACUUUAACUGAACAAGAAAAGAGAAGAAUUGAACAAAUGAGUGAAGCUGAUUUAUUGGAUUUCUUGAUGAAUGAUGAAAUUUUAAUUAAUUAUUAUAAUACUAGAAAAUUCACCAGUUUCCAUGAAAAGGAAAUUAUGCAUUUAACAUUUGGUAAAUCAACUGCUAAAUUAAUGAUGAAUUCAAUUGAUUUCCCUCCUUUACAAUACGAACCUUAUCUUUACCGUUUGCAUAUAGAAUAG